AUGGAGGAACCGCAAAUGAAGAGGAAACCAAACGUCAUUGACUGCCACUUGAACAGCUUAAAAACCACCAAAAAACCCCUCAAUGUUGUCAUGAAUGAUAUGACUUCUCAGCCAUUAAUCCCAACUUAUGUUGGACACAUAAAAAAUGUAAGGGACAUCUCAAAAAUAGUCUUGCUGUUAAACCAAAAGGUGCCAGUAAAGGAACUUCAACAUUUAAAAAGAGUUAGGAAACAGGAAGUAGUCAUAUGUCCCACAGAGUAUGUUAAUGAUAUGUCAAUAGAGGAUUAUCUAUGUAAGUGUGAUGAGGGGUUUAAAGAUAUAUUUGGGGCGUUUGAAGUGAAAAAUGUGCCCAAGCUACCGCCGAAGCUCAAGAAACAGUAUGAAGAUGCAAAAAUGUUUUGGCCGUGCAAUUUUCAUCCAGAUAAAUACUUGGAGAAGCUGUACAGUGGGCAGUUUUUUACAGAACAGGAGUUAGAUUCACAUAGAAGAUAUAUGGAAGUAGCGUUUUUAGCAGCGAAAUGGUUUGAUGUUCAAAACGUAGCUGUGGUAGUUGAUCCAACGAUAAGUAGCGUGGUAGCAAUAGGAGAAGAUAACCGAAAAUGUCAUCCAAUGCAACACGCCGCCAUGUUGGCUAUAGAUAAUGUUGCUAGAACACAAAAUGGCGGCGCAUGGCAGUCUCAAAUGGACGAUGACACUUUCAUUGAUGUGAAAUUAUUGGAUUAUCUAAAAGAUUUGGAUGUCAAAUUUGGGCAUAGACGAUUCAAGAGUAAACAGGAAGAGGAUACAGGGCCAUAUUUGUGUACAGGUUAUGAUGUUUAUAUGAUGAAGGAGCCGUGUGUGAUGUGCGCUAUGGCGUUAGUUCAUGCUAGAGCGAGGCGGAUAUUCUUUGCUAUAGACAAUGAAGAGGAUGGAGCAUUGAAAUCCAGAGUGAAGUUGCAGACUGUGACGUCUUUGAAUCAUCGUUUUGAAGUUUUUACUGGAUUUUUGUAA